AUGACCGCUAUCAGAGCUUCAACGUUUUUCAGAAGUCUGAUCAUUUUCUUCACAGUAUUAAUCGUCUGUGGCUCGUUCUUCGGGUCUCGACUUGGCUUGUUUGCCUCUCUUCGUCAGUCUGUGCGUUUUCGGCAAGGGGCACCUGCCCUUUCCACCUCAGAUGAGAAUCUCAUAGGCCGAGGCUGGCCUCAGAUCAUCUGGCAGACCAGUAAACGCCCUGAUUAUGAUCUCUAUAAAGAGGAGAGAGAGGUAUACAACACCUGGCGCUGGAAAAAUCCGGACUACCAGCAGGAGCUCAUGACGGAUGAGAAGAUGGAAGAGUACGUCAGAAAGCAGUACCCUGCAACCGACGUUGAGAAAGUGUACUUUGAGAUGCAGGACUAUAUCAUGCGCUCUGACUUGAUCCGAUACCUCAUUCUGUUGAAAGAUGGAGGUCUCUACAGUGACCUUGAUGUUGGAUGUGAGAAGCCCAUAAACCAAUGGUUACCCCUCGAUAUUGAAGAACAAGCUGGUGUCGUCCUUGGGGUAGAGGUUGACAACAAAUUUGGUCCUGAUGGCAGGACGUUUGAUGGUGGUGAAGAUCUUUUUGAAUUGGUCAACUGGACUAUAAUGACAAGACCUGGACAGCCCUUCAUGAGGUUUCUCGUAAAGAGAGUGAUAAAUAACGUGCGCAGGAUGACGAAAGCUCAAGAAAAUGUAGUUGGAGAUUUGGAGCAUAGCGUCCAGCAGGUGCUUGACACCACCGGGCCCGGCGCGCUCACGGCUGCAUUCUUCGAUUAUGCCUCAGAUAUCACUCGGAGCAAAGUCACAUAUCAGAAUUUUACGAAGAUGACGGAGCCAAGACUAGUCGGAGAAGUCGUGAUACUGCCAAUCUAUUCUUUUGGCGCCGGACACCAGGUUCAGUGGGGGGAUUCAAACCAGCGCCAGAGAAGGUUCUGGUCCAUCACUACUUCAAUGGUAGUUGGAAGGGGGAUCAUGCUUGGGUGCCUCCAUCGACAUCAAAGAAUGACGAAUUUGAUAAUGAUUGACGAGCAAUCCUGUAAAAGAGAUGCCACAUGA